GAUAGAAAAGCUAUUUUAUAUAACAAAAAUACUCUUAUGGCAUUUUCGUUGCUGACACCGUCUACACUACUGCAAACUUCAUCCCUUUUGUACACUUCACUGUAUAAAAACAAAAAAAAACGCUUUUAGGAAAUCAUUCCGUUAGUUUCCGAGCUCUCGUUCAAACAGAUCGAAACGCUUCCUGUCUCACUUCCACCCUGUUCGAAAAGGUGGCAUUCAAUCGAAGAGCACAUCGCUUGCGGCAUGGCGACUUGUUAGUAAAUAAAACAAGUCGUUCCGUCAACGUAUUAUUUACUAUUGACUCUGCUUUGAGCACCGUCGAUGGACUCACUGUCCGAAAUUGUGAUUGCACUGCUGAAAAAUUCUCUUGAUGCAAACAGUUCCUCCAUUGCGAUUCGGGUCUGCUUGGAGUUAUUUUGGAUACAAGUACUGGACAACGGGGAUGGAAUCAGCAAGGAGGAAUUGCAAAGUAUAGGCAACUGCUGCCUGCUAAAUAUCGACUUCGAAAAAAAGAAACAAACAAAACAAUUUGCUCGGCUUACCGGCUCAUCUCUAACCGAAAUAGUCAACAAAUGCGAGGAGGUUCUGAUUGAAUCCCUGGACGGCCUAUCAAGGGACGCCAAAUCCCACUCGAGACUGUUUAAACAAUCUAUCCGGACUAACGAGAGAUCACAGCGGAAUUUCGACUCCGUAUCACAGUACAACUACGCACGAAAGUCUCGGGGUACGACGGUUACGUUGAAGAACAUUUUCUGCGAAGAACCGGAACGGCAACGCAAUCAUUCGAUCAAAGAGGAUUACCGCAAGCUGCUGGCGGACUUGCGUGUGCAGGCACUAAUCCACUACAAUCGGUCAUUUACGCUGCAGGAUUUGAGCUCCUCGGAGGUGGUGUUCAAGAGCAAAAAGCAUCCCACUCUGCUGACGAAAUAUUGCGAGCUUUACAAUGUGACCGAAACGGACGUCGAAGUGACCACCUGCCGCAAGGAUAGCAUCCUGGCCGAGUGUUUCUUUAGCCCGCGGGAAGCCCGACGCGGUCUUGACCCUGUUCAAUUUACUUUCGUCAAUGGCGUGUCCAACAAUGAGCUACUGCCGACGGUGAAUGAAAUUCUCACCCAAUCGAAACACGCCAUUGAUUUCCUGAUAAUAGUUACUUUCCCUAAAAACGACCUUCUCACUCAGCAAGUCGAACGAGUUGUGAAAAAUUGUUUGCUUCGCUGUCUGAGCCAAUACAAAGAUUGCUUGAACCGUAGGAAGGAACGCACUUCCACUCCACCGGCAGCAGUCAUGCAGAAUCCAGAAACACCGCUCAGCCAUCGAUUUGAAAGACAACAAUUCGCAGAAAAGAAAAGUCCUCGCCGACCGGACGACGAGGAUAUUCUUUAUGGACUCAGUCAACCGAUUGACAACCGGUACAGCACAUUCCAAAAGUGUACCAAAUGGCUACAAACUAAUGACUUUGACAUACCGGAGAAAGGAAAGAAAAAUCAUAGAUCGGAAAAAUAUGCUUUACCACAGAACGAGCGUUCCGCGAAGGAAAUGCGACAGAAAAUCGACUUUUUCGGUGUUCGUCAUGAACCCCUUCAGAAACGUGUCGGCAGAAAAUCAGAAGUGAUAACUCCAGACCACGUGCCCCCAAAAAGGCUUCCAAUACCAAAGUUUUAUCCAGAACAGCUUCCUACAAUUUCAAAAGCGAGACCAAUCAUCCGAGAAAGACAUCAACCGGCUUCAUUGAAAAGGGAUGAUAGUCCAUUAAAGCAAACAAAGUUGGAAAGUCUUAAACAAGUGCCCAAGAGAGGAGGGUUUCUUGACUCAGAGCUAAUAAAAAAGGAGAGCAAAUUGACAUUUCAUUGCCAUGAUAUUGCUGAGAAGUCAGCUAAAUGGAAGCAGUUUGAAAAUAAGAAGAAAAAUGGAAUCGUUCAUGCAACAAAGCAACCGAUACUUCCACAACCUUCAGAGCUAUUUCUUGAAGAGUCGAUACAAGGAUUUGACCUAGAAAAAUCAAGUAAACCGGCAGACAGAACCAGUUUUUUGAAUCUUUGUCCUGCGGAAUUCGAUGUAUUUGAAGCCUCUUUCAAACCAGAACAAUCAUUGGAUUCCAUCGGCAGCGAUUAUCCGGAAAAUCACUCUCCCGGUUGCAAUACGCUUCCGAAUGUUUUCACCGAACCACUUUUCCUUGAACCAAUAUUGGAGGAAGACCGUUACGCAACGAGUUCACCGAAAGCGCGAUACUUUGGAAACGAUUUACUCGAAGGCUACGAGGACUUUCACCGAGCCUGCUGGGAAACCAUUCAACACUAUAAGAUAGCUAUAGAUGAAAUUGAAUCAAGCUCAUCAGAAUGCGGACACUGUUCGCGGAGCCCAUUCAGUCGCGAAAUUGAAACCCUUCGGCAGCCGUUCCUCCACCCGCGGGACAUUUAUGCGCAAAUAGGAUCCAAGCGAUAUUAGGGACGAU